UAUUUCCUGGUUUUCUCCUAAUCCGCUUGCAUUGGUCUGUAGCUUUGGAGGGUAAAGGUGAGCCAUAUUCUGAAUCCGAUACGUUGGUCGACACCACCAGCCUCCUCCCAUGCGGUGCGUACUGUCCUAUGUUUGGCUCUUCCGCUUAAGUAGCUUUACCGGCGUUGUGCGCUUGUCAGCGAGCUCCAGCUGCCGCUCUAGGCGUACAGUUCACAUCGGGCUCCCGCUAGGGCUCCCUUUACUGUUCGCCAGGAAACUCAUGAUACAGUCAGGCAAUAUGAGCAAUAACAGAGGCAUAGCGGGACCAGGCACAGUGGACUUCAGCUGCAUAAAAACAGACGACACUGGUCCAGCCGUGGAGAAGAAUCUCGUGGGGGGCACUUUGGAUGUAGCGAUCCAGAGACUGCGGACACCCAGCCCCCAGGUGGGCGAUGACGACUCCGAGGCAGAGUCUUUUCGGGAUGGAAGAACUGAAGAGGUGGACCGGGACACUAAGGGCAGGGCGUACGCUUGGUGCAGGGACUUUCUGUCCGGGUCCUGGAAGACAAUAAAAGAGAAGGAUUUUCAAAUCAGCAUUAUCAGUGGUGGGCUGAGUAACCUGCUCUACCUGUGUUCCUUACCUGACCAUGUGCCUGUGGUGGGAGAGGAACCAAGGCAGGUGUUGCUCCGAGUCUAUGGUGCCAUCUUACAGGGUGUGGACUCACUGGUGUUAGAAAGUGUCAUGUUUGCCAUACUGGCAGAAAGAACCCUUGGGCCAAAACUUUAUGGCAUAUUUCCAGAAGGACGGUUAGAGCAGUACCUCACGAAUACUCGAAUGCGCACUGAUCAUCUCUCAGAGCCAUCUAUCUCUGCUGAGAUUGCUACGAAAGUGGCACGUUUCCAUAAUAUGCUCAUGCCUUUCAACAAAGAGCCCAAGUGGCUUUUUGGGACCAUUGACAAAUACAUGGAUCAAGUGAUGAAACUUAAAUUUAACCGAGAAGCACAUGUAAAAAAGUACAACAAGCUGAUGAAGCUGGACCUGCCUGGUGAACUGGAGAGGCUCCGUGCUUUACUGGCUGCGACCCCCUCCCCUGUUGUGUUCUGUCACAAUGAUGUACAAGAAGGAGACCUCAUCAUGAAGCUCAAUGAGAGAAGACCAAGGGUUGUCAACAAAGCAAAGGGUAACAUUUUGAUUCUUGAAGCUAAGGACCAAUCCUCAAAUGAACGACUCAUGUUGAUAGACUUUGAAUACAGCAGUUAUAACUACAGAGGGUUUGACUUUGGAAACCACUUCUGUGAAUGGAUGUAUGAUUAUACCUACAACCAAUGGCCUUUCUUCAAAGCCUCGCCAGAGAAUUACCCAACCAGAGAGCAGCAGCUUCAUUUCCUCAGGAGUUAUUUGGCAGAACAAGAGAGACUUUCUAAUGUGAAGAUGGACUGGGCUUGUGUAGAAGAGGACAUGAUUAUUGAGGCUAACAGAUAUGCUUUAGCCUCUCACUUUCUCUGGGGGCUCUGGUCCAUCAUUCAGGCAAAAUUAUCAAAGAUUGAAUUUGGAUACAUGGAUUAUGCGCAGGUCCGUUUUGAUGCCUAUUUCAAACAGAAGAAGAUUUUUGCAUAAAGCUUCUGUUUCUGCUGCAGUUCUGUGACAGUCCUUAGAGCUCAGCACAGUGACAGACAGGAGCACAGAGCAGAAGCACAGUCCGAUUGCCUUUGACCAUCAGUGCACUCGACUGUCCCCAUUUUGUGAAAUACUGUUUGGAAUGUGCACGUAAUAUGCUGUCCUUAUCUGUCUUUAAGUAUUACUUUAACAUUUUUAAUCAACACGUGUGACCAGUUCAUUCAGUGGUCCAAUCAAUAGUUUUACCUCAGUUACACAGUUGCUGUACAAUAAUUUCAAGUAACUGCACUUACAUAAUGACUGUAGGAGAAUCUCAAUGGUUGUAGUAGUUGCUACCUCCCUCUGCUAAGUAUGAAAAUUACAGAGUUAGAAAAAGGGCUACUUGUAACUAGUAUUGUAUUGCGUCCAAUCCACUAUGUUCCUAAAUGAAGAGGCUAGAAUCAUUAAUAAAAAUAACAAAAGUAAAAGUACCUGGAUAUCUCUACUUUAUUGAAGUACAUUUUACAGUGGAUACUUUUUACUUUUACUUUACUACAUCUGUACUCUCUACUUCACUACAUUAUAGAACAGGACUGAAAAGUAAAAAGUACAGUGAAUGGUUUGAGGGGGUAUUUUGGCACAUUCAUGGUAACACACUGACUAAAGGUUUUGAGAUGAAGUUCUGGCUUUGUGUAAACAAAAAUUUACAAAAAUGUAUAGAAGAAGAAAUUGCUAGUCACCACUGUUGAUCAAAAAAAUCAAAACAAUUAUUUAUGCUUUAAUACUUAAAAAAACUGUGAAAUUGUUUUUACUGUAAAAGUACAAUUUCAAGCAUGUACUACAACAUUUUACUAUAAUAUAUAAUACUUUUAUUUAAGUAAUUUUUUUUUGCUCCUCUAUAGGCCCUUUAAGUAACAGACAUGUGGAUACAAAAUAAUUUUAACAGUAUCAAUGUAAUGUGAUACUUGUAUUUUUUUCUCUGUAUUGGUUAAUAUGUACCUUAUAUCAUUUCUGUUAUUAUCUGUGUAUUCUGCUUUUUGAAGUUAUAGAUUUUCAAAAAUAUUAUUUUGAAUGUACAUUGUCUUUGAAGUAUUUCAGUUAAUAAACCAACUUUAUUACUUUCUCUCA